AUGGUUCCUUGGACCAACAGCACGGACUGCCUGAAGAUCGUAGUGUACGUGUAUUACCCGUUCAUUUUCAUGUCCAAGAAUGGUCCUCCAUAUAAGGUCACCGGCUCCAUGACCGAAGUUCUGGAUAUUAUAGCAAAAAAUCUGAAUUUUUGUUAUGAAUACGUGGUGCCAGAGGACAAUCAGUACGGCUACAGAAUGGUUAACGGAUCCUGGACGGGGAUAAUCGGUGUCGUGGCGCGAAAGGAGGCAGACAUGACCGCAGUAGUGGUGGGGGUGGACCAAGAAAGGGCCGCAGUGGUAGAUUUCAGCGACUUCCUCUACACUGACCAGAAGAGCAUCGUAUACAAGCGACCGAUGUUGGAGUCCGACAUGGCGGGAUUUCUGAAGCCGUACACAGCCAUGUCGUGGGUGAUGAUCAUGGUGGCGCUGGUGACGGUGGCGGUUAUGAUACCUCUAACUGGUCUCUUCUACCCGUUGUCUCGCCUCUCCCAAACAAAAGAAAAUCAUAACAACUACUUUGCGGCCGCUGGUUCAAGGAGAAAAAAUACUGUUUCGAGUGAGCUGCAGGAUGCUGGUUUUUGGAGCUUCGCCACAGCCUUAGCUCAGUGUGAGUCUGCACGUCAUGAAAAUAUAGUUGGCAGCGCUAAUUUUCAACACCUUCCACGUUCAUUUUCAGCAUACAACUUUCUGCCACGAGGACAAAGUCAACAAGCAGUGUUGGGCAUGUGGUUAGUACUGUCACUGAUCAUCUCCACAGUGUAUCGUUCUAACCUCAAAGCCAUGCUGAUAAAGCCACGCCUCGUCUUGCCCUUCAGCAACCUCAUGGAGCUGACGGAAUCUGGCAUCCCAUGUUUCGUUGUUCGUGGCACCCUCCUGCACCGCAACAUUCAGGGUGCGGAGGUUGGAAGUGCUGUGUGGCGACUCAACAACAGACUGAUCCUUCACUCUGACGUCCCGCGCGCUGUGAGAGACAUGUCAGCGGGAAAGCAUGCGAUCUUCACCACCCACCUCGGGUUACUUUCAGUGAUUCACACUAGUUUUGUGCAGACAAAUACUUGCUCCAUAUACAUGACUAUGGACAGUUACUUUGGACCAAGGUGUCUCUCCAUCGUGUUCCGUAAAGGCUCCCCGCUCCGUCACCAAGUAAACCCUAUAGUCGUAAAGCUGCGGGAGUCUGGCAUCUUGGAACAUCUGUUCAUGAAGUACGUGAUACAUGCCAGUACCUGCCUCCGCUCAGACCCCGCCAACGUUGAGAACAUCCUGCGGCCGCUGGAGAUUGGUGACAUGUACGGCGUUUGCUUCGUUUACGUUGGCGGUAAAUGA